UUAAAAUGAAUUUAUAGUUUCACUUCAUAUAUUACAUACACUGCACUUGUUUUCAUCCAAACGUAUUCAAUGCAAUCAACUCAUCAUUAUGCCUUCGGUACAAGAUUCAUCUGUUCACCCAUCAAGUACGCCUCCACCACGCCCACCUCCCCCUGGAUGUCGACCAACGCCUUCAACACGCCCUCAGUCUGCUGGUAGUCGACCUGUUCCCGCAAGAAGAACUCACUCAGCCAGUCCAACACACGACUAUCGUCGAAGAUCCCCUACAGCUUCUGCUUCUCUACGUUUAUCAUCUGAGUCAAUAAGGGGCGCUAGAGCGCAUCUUCGGGCAUCACAAUCACGAGGAGGAGAAACUAGACAUCAGCGAAGACCUUCCGAACCACUUAGAGGCACUAGAGAACCAGUAAUACAACAUAGGCGGCGACAGAGUGGGGGACAACCCCAUAGAACCCCUCGACAGCAUCGUGAAGGAGAGAGAAGAAGGAGUUCAGCAGCAGACCAAAGAAGAAAUGGCAAUGGACAAGCGGCACGAUCGCGCCGCUCUCGUCCUGAGAUUACGAUAGUGGCUGCACGUCCGAUGGCCGAUCAUCCUGCGUUUGCUGAUGGAGAUAAGGGAGGCUACAUACCACCAGAGGCACCACCAAGCUAUGAGCAAGCGAUGCGGACUCCUCUACCGUUAAAUCCUACUUUCACUGACCCUGCGGUACCAGAUCAUAUAUCAGAAGUACGAAGAGUUUUUCCUCGAACCCAAAUAAUAAAUAGUGAUGUCAUUACGGUACCUUCAUAUUCAAAUUCUGUGACAUCACAAACGAUACAACAUACACCCACUGUGACAUCAUCAUUAUCAACUUUUUACGUGACAUCACCGUCAAUUACAUCAUCACAUAGUGAGCCAGUUUUUUCUGUGACAUCAUCAAACUCUAUUGUCACAUCACAAAGAGCAUCUAGUAGUGCUAAUGUGACAUCACAAAACCCAGUUCCAAGACAGAGGAAUACAAAUCAUAGUAAUAAUAUUCUAUCUCCUUCCACUCGGAUAAAAACAACAAGCUCAUCUAGAGUAGAUCAGACACAUCAAAGUCCCAACGCUCCACGGUCAACGCUAGCGACACCUAGUGCCUCGAGAGUUGGCAACAAUACGACCAACUCUCCACCCGCAUUACCAGCGAAAAAGCCAGUUUUGAAGCCAAAGCCUCGGACAACGACAAAGCAAAGUGACAAUUCAAACAGCGCCACCCAGGGACCACUAACUGCUACUGAAACACCCAAACCUCAUGCGAGACGCAAUCUACAUGCAAUCACUGUAUUUGAAUCUGAAUUGAAAGUUACAGACAAUCCGACUAGUCAAAAUAAAACUAUGUCAGCUAGAUCGUCUGUUCCGACUUCACACCCCAACUCAAACGUGAUGUCGCUAUUCGAUAACCCCUCAGCUCCUGGGCCCUCACCAAACUUACUAACUCCCAUGGCUCCCUCUGGUGGUUCACAAAUGCGAUCACAAACGCAAACUAAUAAUAUUUUAGCGUUUGACUCUAUGAUGCAAGGAAAUCCACAAGGGGCUAUGAAUCCUGGGAGGGGUGCAAUGCAAACUCCUCCACAGAUGAGGCCUAUGGGUCCUGCUCCAAUGCGGCCCAAUUUACCCCCUGGAAAUGUCCCAAUAGGGCCCCAAAUGGGAGUAAUAAACAACAUGCCGGCCCCAGUCCAAAACUAUCCAACAAAAAGUUCGACGUCAUCAGUACCGCUGCAAUCAAACCAGCCACAAGGGGGCGUCAUAUUAAGACCAAACCAAAUUAGCAAACCGAUUCAGCCACAUGGUGGCGUAAUGAAAUCUUUUCCACCCUCCUCAAAUAUGUCUUCGCCUCUCUCACCCAUGGCAUCGAAUGCAACCACUGGGGCAAGGGUGCCCGACCCUGCUGCUUCAAACGACAAAUAUGCUGCUUUUGGCGACUUAUUUGGGGCAGUUUCUAGUACUUCUAAGCCUGCUGGGGGAAAUCCCCCUCCCCAAAGUGCACUCACCUUUAGUGGUGCACAAAGUAACUACGCCGGUCUUGGGGAUUUGUUUGGUGGGGCACAAACAAUGGGGAAUACCCCUCCUCAAGUUGCACCAGUUCCAGAUAAUUCCAAUGUAUUUCAAAGUGCUGGACUGCUUCCCCCUCCAACCGCUACAAACUCAUUAUCGCCUUCAAGUGGAUAUACCCAACAAGGACAUCAAAAUCUAAACAUGCCACCACAGCUCGGGGUCCAUUCCUCCCCAACAGCUGUUGCAAACUCGAUGGCGACCUCUAAAGGCAAUAUGCAACAGGGGCUUCUUUCACCACAAAUUAGCGGAAACUCACCGGCAGCACCAAGUGUACAACCAGGUCUUUUGGCCCAUCAUAAUGCAGGUUCUCUACCACCAUCAAGUGGGAACGCUCACAUUGGUCUAUUAGCACCAAGUCUCGGAACUGGAAUGUCACAAACUUCACCGGGGCUCAUGCAACCAGUAGUCUCACAGCAACUGCCUCCCCAAGUUGGACCCUCAAGCUCUGGUGCACCACCAAGUAGUCCAAGUCCAGGAUCUCGCAAAUUACCACCUCCGCCCAGGCCUACGGUUGGUCCACAACGUAAACCUGGUGUUCCGAAGACAUCACCGCCUACUCACAAUGCACCAACAAGUCCUCCACUAGGGGGUGUCAUGUCACCUACCAAUACUCCCCAAGUCAACCAGUCCCAAGUUGGGAUAACAAGUACAAAAUCAGCUUAUACAGGUGGGCUCAUAUUUAACCCGGAUGCCAAUUCAUUUCCAAUUUUUCCAUCAGGUGGCGCUAAUGCAUCUAAUUCGGCCUCACAGGGAGUAGAUCUUUUUUCAAUGGAUGUAUCGAAUACAAGCAGCUUCCCAAAAAAUUUACCCAACGAAACGGGGGUGCAAAAUUUGACCCCCUCAGACCCAUUUGCAAUGGAUAAUCAAAGUGUCCCCAUGUCAGGGGGUCUAUUAGCCCCAACCGCUACUCCCCCGACUAGAAAAAUGCCAAAUAUUGGGGAUUCCCCAAACCCAGUUAUUGAACCUGUAUAUGCUGCUGUGACAAAUAAAAAGACAGUUCAUUAUAAACUUGGGGAGGAGAAAUCAUCUCCAGAAAAAGUUAGUGUUGCACUCCCUAGUGGCCCAUCCUCAUUACUCAUGGGAAAUAUUAAUGGCACUCCCCAGGCGACCACAACAAGUACUAUGGCGCCAACUAGUGGAACCACUUUGUUGGACAUGAUGGAACCAAGCAAGAAUCAACUGAUGGCUGCUGAAAUAGGGGAUGCCCCUCCUCCCCUUCCCAUGACACGACCCCCACUAGAGGAUUUUGAAGAUCUUCUAUCUCCCACAGAAAUGUCAAAAGCUAUGGCAGACAGAGAAAAAUCGCAGAAAAUGGGUAUUCUGACCCAAAAUUCGAAUUCCUCAAUUGACGAUGGCAAUUUUGAAGAUAUUUUUGGAUUUGGCUCCCCCCAGCCUAACAAAAACCAGGGAACUGACGCAGCUGUUAUUGAACCUGUGUACGAGUCUGGGGGGUUUAAAGAUAAGGGACUUCCCCAUGUGGUGCAGUCAAGCGCUCCCCCUGUACUUCCUGCACCACGGACCAAGAAAAAUAUUCAUCGCACCCCAAGUGUGGAUAUAGCGCCAUCUGGUGCUCCAGCGCUUCCUAAGAACCCCCCAAAAAUGCCUGAUGGGAGUGCAGUGGUCUUCUCUGCAACAGAUGGGGGUAAAGAUGCCCCCCAUUCCGAAGCUAUGGUCGUAAAUCAGCGGAAAAAGAAUGAGGAGGAAAAAUCAUUGAAGAAAAAAUUCCGACGAACAAGCAUGAAAAUUAAACAACAAACGAUGAGUUUAUUCAAGAAAAACGAAUCGGAACAAAUCAAAUCCCCACCACCAGAUGGAGACAAGAGUCAUGGAGAAAAUCCGAAGAAACCUAGUGUUGAAAAGCCAAAGCCUCCUCGACCAGCUGGGCCUCCUCCCCCUCGGCCUUCUGCGUUACCAGCAAAGGCUGGAGCCUCUGCACAACAGUCAUCACUUAUAAGCCCUGUUGACAAUACUCAACCGGCACUCGUGAUUGCGCAAUCUCCAUCCCAAAUUGCGCAAUCAUCAUCACAGUUUUCGCAAUCUUCAUUAUUAAUGGAUAUUCCAAUUAUUGAGCAACCUUUAACCCCUGCUGCUCAGUCUGCUUCACUUAUGGGGGAUUCUUCAUUGAUUGCGCAAUCUUCUAGUGUUGUUGUGCAAUCUAAUAACAAUAUUACGCAACCUUCUACUGUUAUUGCGCAAUCAAAAUCUUCAGAACCUGAUAUUACAAAUUCACCGAUUCCAGUGACACGUUCUACACCCCAACAAAAGCCGAAGCCUGCAAAACCACCCCCACCAAAAAUAAUACCAACAAGACCAGCUCCAGCUCGUCCGCCCCCACGAAAUAAUACCAAUCAUAAUAACCAUCACCCCUCCCCGGUACAUAAAAAGGUAAACCUGCUCGAUGCUCCAACCCCAAAACCACGGUCAAAUUCUAAAACCGAACCCCCGCUUUUAGAAAAACAACCUACGAUUGCCCCGACUCAAGCCGCACCUUCAAAACCGAAUGUAAAACCAUCUCGUCCUCCGCCCUCCUUACCAAUACAAAAGAAGGCUAAGCCUGCUGCUGCUGCUAGAUCAGCACCCAAGCCUGCGAUCACUCAACCAAAAAAAUCACCUGGCGGAAAUACACCACAAGUGGGCAGCAAGGUCAAAGAUUUGAAGUCCUCCCCAGAAGUUGACCACUAUGACGAGAUCGACGCAGCGCCGCAAAAUUCGGGAUUGUCUGCAACAGCGGUUUACGAUUUCAACGGCGCAGCAGAUGACGAACUUGUUUUCAAAGCUGGUGACAAAAUCACCAUGGUAACCAUUGUCAAUGACGACUGGUACAAAGGUUCGUGUGAUGGUAAAUCCGGAAUAUUCCCGUGCAGCUUCGUGACGCUGGAAACUAAUCGAGCAGAACAAAAUAUUUCUCCACUGGGUGGAUCGCAAUCACAAUCUGAAGGCACUCCCCCAAAUAUUAGCCAAUCAGGUGCUAUCGAUAUUUCCUCCCUCCCAACAUGGGAUGAUGUCCCCACGUUGGACGAUCUUACCCUAGCUGAACCAAAAAUUGAUGCCGAGAUGCUUGGGAAAUCCCCACCGAAACCCCCAAGAGUCGAAAAACACUCUGAUACUUCAUCUAGUGACACUUUUUUUGACGUUUCUGAUCAAUUUUUAGACAAAACGGUUCCAACCGAAACGGUUGCUAUUGACAACAAUGAGGUUACCACUGCCUCAUCUACUACCCCACCAAUAACAGAUAAUACUAAUAUCACUACAAGUAAUGUGACAUCAUCACCAGUAACCGCAGCAACAGGCAUGGUUCGUCGAUCAAGCACAGCAAUAUUCUCUUUCACUGGUCAGGACGGCUCCGAGUUGAGCUUUGAAGAAGGGGAUAUCAUAACUAUCACAGGUGAAGUAAAUGAAGAAUGGUUCGUAGGUGAGAGCAAUGGGAACACUGGAAUGUUCCCCUCAGCAUUUGUGCAGGAGCAUGAUUAUCAACCUGCUACAACUAACGCUGAGAUUUCAGAAGAUUUAGGACAAGUUGGAAAUACUGAUUCAGGUUUUACUAACUCUCUUCCGGAACCUGUCGGUGGCUCUACAUCAGCAUCUAGUGGUGGGGGAGGUUUUGUAGAGCCAAUGGCAACUGCGAUAAAAGAUUAUACAGCGACCUCUAGUGAGGAAAUCUCUUUUAAGACUGACGACGUCCUCUACCUGCUUGAAGUGGUGGAUUCUGAUUGGCUGAUGGUUCAACAUGACCAGUCAGGCGCGGUAGGGAAUGUCCCCAAGUCGCAUGUCAAAAUCAUUCAUCCGUUGCCUUAGGGGGUGGCAUGAAAUAUUCUCCUUACUGACAUCUAGAGGAUACUUUUUUAAACUGUUUUUAAACUGGCAUGAAUGUAUUCAUAAAUAACUGUACUAUAAGUUUUAACUUUAUUUUUAUGAUAUCAUAGUAUAUGUGAUUAUGACAUCAUUAAAGGGUCAUACUUCAAAAAAUAUUAUCAAUUAUUAGUCAUAAAUAUUGUUUCUUAAUAUUUCACCAGCAAUAUUUCUUUAUUACAUUAUAAUUGAAUUCUUAUUGUUCCUAUUUAUGGUAUUAUGAGAUCACAUUACUAUUAUCAUAUUGUAUUGUUAUAUCACAUGACAGUUUCAAUCGUACUGAUCCCGCCUUCGGAAGUAUUUCUCUUUUUCAUUAUUUAUUUUUGAAGCAAUUGAUAAAAUCACAAAGAUGGAUUUCCCUCUGAUAGGCUGAUUAUCUAUAUCGGAGAUAACCAACUAUCUCCAUAAGAAACUUAAAACUGGGGUCUGAUCUUUCUAGAAAUUAUAUUUUAACAUCCCUAAACGCACACCUCCUCAGCCGAAUAAUGAUUAUUUGCUAAUCGAGAUAUUAGCCGCGCUAUUUUCAUCGUUUAUAUGUCGUUACUGUUUUUCUCAUGUAUGUCAGGGGCAAAUAUGAGCAAAUUAUAAAAUAACCUUCAAAAUCGUAAAAGUCAUUUAAUAAAAACAAACGUUCACAUAUCCAAAGUGGGGCCGGUGAUCCAAAUUAAAGAAUUAAGUACGGUCCAAAUUGAAAACUCGAAAGGUUCGGAUUCGGAUCGGGGUCCGCAGUUGAGUAGCCCUGAUCUAUAUUUAAGUCUGAUAAGAGAAAAACACAGAAGACUUGAUCAUAUUAGCCUGGUUUCAGGGGGAGUUAGCUUCGAUGGUCGUAACGACCCCUCCUGUCCAUACCAAAAUAAAUUUAUUUCUGUUAAAUUUUGUAUUUAUUGAUGACUGUAUGUAUUUUGGUUGACAAAACAAAAAAUUUCUUUCUCCCAGUUGGGCUGUUUGCUCCAGGAAAAUCCAAAUCUGAAUCCUGAUUGUCAUAGAUUUGAUUUCCCCCAAUCCGGGAAAAAACAAGCUUUGAUAAAAUUAACUUUUGCGUAUGCUAGCCUUAUUUUAAUUGUUAGUUGAAUUUCUGUCAAAUUCUCCAGUUUUAUCAGUCACACACAAUUCCAGGUUGUCAAAACUUUCAUCCCAGGUCCCCAAUCUUGAAAAAUUUUUUUUUUUUUGAUUGUCUGUUGAAAUCUUUUCACUCUGAACAAGGCUGUGUAAGAGCCAAUAUGCAAGGCUUUUCAUUAUCUUUCGAAGAAUUGGAUUUCUUCUGGCUCAGAAUAGCAAGCCUGAUUUAUUUAGACCUAAUGGGCAACGGAUUUAAACUAAAGAAAUAUAGGUACUCCUGAAGUAAGUAUAACCUGAACCCUAACCUGGCACACAACCUGAGUCCAGGUUGUGCGCCAUCUUGGUGCGCAUACAUCAGGAGGUUCGAAAUCUAGAUAUAUUUUUACACAUUUUCUGCCAUGUGAGUAGUCAAGGGGGUCGAAUAGCUGAUACGGUCUGAUUUGGAAAUUAGAACUUUCAGGACACCCCCCUCCUGAGCUGUAAGAGCUGCAAUCUCUCAAGCACUUCAACUAAAAGGCCAUCCUCACAAGCUUAUACUUAUAGAACUAUAUUUUAUACAGGCCGGGAUAUUUUCAUUUCGCCAUUGCUCCUCUUGGGUGAGACGUUGGAUAUUAAAUUUUAUUCCAGAUUUUCACCUGCGAUGCUGACUUAGAUAUGUCCAACCACUAGAGGUUACCCUCGUUACAUUUUUUUUCUGCUCCAUUGCUUUUACCUUAAUCACGAAACGAUCUAUGCAUUUUAACUAUUUUUCGUAAUUUAUAUCAUACUUGUUAUGAAUAUAUGAGCGCCCUUCGGUGGCCUUUAUCAAUACUCUGUUGGUUUUUGUGAAUUAUUUUAAUUACAAAUUAUCGUUUCAUAUUUAGUUUAAUGUAAGAGUGAUUCAUUAGCAAUGCAAUAAGUUUCAUUUAAGCAGGGUUUUAAUUUAGACCAGGGGUUUGUAAUCUGCGACCCGCAGGCCAAGUGUGGCCCACAAAGAAAAAUUGUGUGGCCCGUAAAAUGAGAUUUUAAUUUCGUUUAAUCUGGCACGUGCGAUGCUUUUUUUGUGCCUGCAGUUAUUAAAAAGGGCGUAAAAGGUUGGGGGAGGCCCUCCAACUCUCCAGACAUGUUAUCAGAGGGCUAAUUAGAGUCAAUUCUUCAUUUGAGGCGCUCGUUACAAGUUUAAUUGGGGGUUGCAGUUUAGGGAAAGUCCCUCCCAAAUAUUAUAAUACUGCUUAAAACCAAAUGUUCAAUUUCAUGCUUUUGUUACAAUAAGGGGGUGGGGUAAAAUGUUAGGGGAAGCCCCCAUCUCGCCAGAUCUGUUAAACCCUAUUUAGACCAAAUACUGCAUUUGAGGCCCUCAUUAUUCGUUUAAUUGGGAAUUAGGGAAAGCCUUCUUUUCCUAUUAUUACUAUAUGGCAGUUGUUCCCAAACUGGUCAUUGGUCAUUCUUUGUCUAGCAAAUUUUUGUUCCUUUGGGAAGAUCGUGAAAUAGAAACUUUCACGAAUUAGAAUUUAAAUUCAAUUUAUUUUAUUUUUUUUGGAUAUUUACGUAUUCGAGUCGCCACCGAUCCUAAUAACCAGUAUAAUUAAUCAAAGCUUUCUACAUCUUUUCACGACCCACUAAGAUUCCUUUUGCGACCCAUAGUUUGGGAACCGCUGCUAUAUGGUAUUACGAGACUGAUUAAAACCAAAUGUUCCAUUUCAUGCUUUUGUUAUCAUUAGGGGGUGGGUUAGAAGAGGCCCCCAUCUCUUCAGAUAUGUUAUUAAAACCCUAUUUAGACACAAUGCUCCAUUUGACGCCCCCAUUACAAGUUUAAUUAUGCGUAGGCGUGGCAGUUCAGGGAAAGUCCCCUCCCAAUUAUUACUGUAUGGCUAUAUGUUAUUACAUGGCUGUUUAAACCAGUUCAUGCCUUGUUAUAAUUCCAAUAAGGGUGGGGGUAGCAAGUUUGGGAAGCGAAACACCCCACAAUACCUAGGUCAUCGUUGAGUUUGAAACUUCUUUCAAAAGUUGUUUUCUCUCUUAAUAAGUCCCAACCCACUGCUUCUAUGUAGAAAUCGGAUAUGUGUCCCGAAACUUCCUAAGUAUACUUCAUGAAUUAAUUCAAACCCCCUACCCUCAGUCAGCACGUCUCCACCCCCUUUUUCUGAUUUAUGUUUGUUAUAUAAUAAAGGGUAUUGUAACAAUUUUAAUUUAUCGAAAUUCUACUUGAUUUUACUGCUCAAUUUUGAUAGCAAAUAUGAUAUUAAUUUGUUCAAA